AUGGAUACCGAAGACUACGAUGUCGACAACGCGCGUGUUGUCAUCGGCCUGGAAUUUUGCGACGUCAUGACAGCCUUGGAGGGCGAGAUCACAACGGCCGAAGCAACCGUCCUCAAGGAUCGAGUCACUGCACUCCGAGUGCAACUUUUCGAGCUCCACAACGCCAAACACUUCCGCGAAGUGGACCUACUCCUUGAUGAAGAGAUAGCAUGCACAAACACGGAUGAGCGCAGCGGCGUGUGGUAUCUGAUGAAACAAAUCAACCCAGGGAAUGUCAUGUCUGUUGCGACGAGUUGCCUUAUUCUGCAACUGUACAAGUCGGGGACUGCCUCCAUGCCUGGUGUCGGCAAUGUCUGA